AGGGUUCAGCUCAAGGCAGCCAACACGCCAAGAGUCGGACUAUUCGGACAAUCAACAAUUGGGAGUCGGUGUAAUACUACAUGAUCUGAUACACAAGAGCAGCAAGAUUACAUAUAUCACCAAUGCCCUCUUCAACCAAAAAAAGAAAAAAAAAUUGAGCCUACAUUUCCCUGACCAUACGCACUCGCGUCAGAUUAUACUGUCUCCUUAUCCACCAGUUCGCAAUCCUCAAACACGUGCAAGCAUCGUAUCGGCGGUGCUCUUCAGAAACAAACAACGGGUAUAAAGCAUCAAUAGCAACGUCACGCAAUAACUUCGCAUUGCACGUCCAGACAAAACCCAAACCCAAACCCAAACCCAAACCCCCCCCCCCCCCCCCCCAGCAUCUCGUCCAGAAUUCUCGCAAUGUCUUUUCUCCCCUUCUCUAUAUCCUCGCAGUCGCCCGCCGUGACACUCGCGUCCUACAUUUUCGCCACCAUCCACGUCGGCUUUGGCGUAAACGCCAUCCUCAGGCCCACGCACGCCCUGACGUUCUUCGAGUUCGGCCCCCCGGCCGACAAGGGCGCCCGCGCCAUGGUCGAUAGCCUGAUGGCCGUGUAUGGGGCGCGAGACAUCUUCAUGGGUUUCGCCAUCUAUGCGGCCGCGCUGCUCGGCAGCCCCCGAGCGCUGGGAUGGAUCUUGAUAUCCGCCACCGGAGUCGCCGUCGCGGAUGGUGCGGUCUGUUACAGCCAUGGAAAGGGGCACUGGGGUCACUGGAACCAUGCGCCCGUCUUCACCGCCGUUGGGCUGGUCGCGCUGGGUUUGUUUGAUUAGUGGGGAACACGAGAAAGCGGUGGUGAAUGUAACGGCAUGGACACUGCAACUUGAGAGGCACGAUGAAGCAAAAUGCCUCGAGAGGAGCUAUUGUCGUAUUCUUAAUAUCCAGGCGCUCAGUCCUCCACACUAUUUCCGAGAAGGGUAUCGAACGAAAUUGCAAACAUAUGGGGGUAUAAGUCUAGCGUAAACCAAAACCAAGAACUACACAUGGUGGCAGUCAAAUCCACGAUUGCCCACAAUUACAACUGCUCGUCAACUUGUGCUACGCCGC